UUCAAAAAACGGAGUGAUGUCAAAUAACAGAAGCAGACUCGCUGACACAGUCAGCUGUCUUCCAACCAGCUUAUUCAACGCCCAUAACCCGGCCGAGGAGGAUAACUCGAUGCCCGAGACGUAGCCUAACCAUUCUGCAGGUAGUGGAUACAAUGUUUCAUUUGAAAUGAUCCAUUAUGACGUCGUCCAUCAUCGUCACAGUGCAACUGCACCUCCGUGCGCGAGGAAUCACUACGACAGAACAUUUUAGAUACUCUCGCCUGCAGUUUGAAACGCUUGAUCGUUGACUGAAAACAUAUUAAAGCUUAUUUCCACGCGUGUCAGUUUGAAAUACCGGGCUAGUGUCAGUUAACAAUUUUGAUAAUCCUCCUGCAAGCAGUCUUUGAAGUGAACAUCAAAGAAGAUUCGCUUUUUACGUUUCAUAUUCAAAAUGGGCGGGAAGCUUGCAUAAAACUUACAACACAUCCUUGCAAACCCACUGGAUACAGAAUAGAAAUGUCCUCGCGGAAUAACAGUGUUCUAACUCUAUUUAUGUUUCAGAGGUCGUUCGGAGGCUUGAAAUGACAACAUCUGCGCAUCGCAGUUCUCCAGCCCAUUGCACCUGCAUAAAGUUAAUAUCAGAGGACUCAUGAAAGGGACGUUUGGUUCUGAGAUUCGAGCAUUUUUUAAUGUGACUACUACAGAUCUGUUUGAAUGUGAGAUCAUAUCUGGAUCGAGACCACAGGAGAGCUGCAUGCCACUCAUGGGGAGGAACUUCGCGCAUCGAUCAUAAAAAAGAGGAUGUUUCUUUUCUUUUCCCUUUAUUCCCCCACAUAUAAUUCUUGAACGUGUAUGUAUUUGAUAAGAGAUGGCAUGGCAUCCCUGUUUUCUCCGCUGGUUCCGAUGGUUUCGAUAGGACGAUAUUAAUGUGGGUGGACCUUGGCGCAUCUCCAACGGAUAUUUUUUUUUUAGGGGGCCGCAGGAUCGGACUAUUUACUACAGCUUCGUAGUACUUUUUACAUAUAAACCAGCGGACUUUUUUACUCAAACACCAGAGAUAUUCCACCUCAUUUGUCAGGAUAUAAUGGCCGAGGACGCAGCUAUAGAUAGGCUGAGCACUGCAGCUGCGAUUGGAGAUCUUAAAGAAAUUGAGCAGACACUGCAAAGCAACGUGAACGUUAAUGAGAAGAACAAGUACGGCAGGACACCAUUGCAGGUGAUGAAACUUGGCUGCCCGUGCAUAGCGGAGGCGCUUCUUCGAGCAGGCGCCGACCCAAAUGCGCGCGAUCCCAUCCUACGAUUGACCGUCAGUCACGACGCCGCGCGAGACGGGUAUCUGGACACUCUACGGGUGCUCGCGCAGAAUGGUGCUGAUGUCAAUCUCCCUGACAACGACGGCAACCUGCCUCUGCAUCUGGCGGCGCGGGAGGGGCACCUGGAUGUCGUGCAGUAUCUCGUGUCUGACUGCAGCACGCCGCCUUUUCUGCCUAACGCGAAAGGUUACACGCCUCGUGACCUGGCUUUCAUGCACGAAAAACACAGAACUGUGGAGUGGUUAGAGAACAUUGUGCCUUCACAAGCCAGCUAGAGAUGAUGACUAUGGGCCUGUGUGUUUUGUUCUGUAACAGAGGUAGCAAACAAAUGCUGAAUGAGCGUUUUAUUGCAUUGCAGUCCAUUCAGUCAACUACCUCUUAUUGCAUUGUAAAAUAUUGGGCUCAGGGGCUUUUUUGUUGUUGUUGUUGUUGUUGUUAUUGUGAAGAACAAUUAACAUUUCAGUUGACCUUGCAUUUAUUUUACAUUUCCCCUAAUUUCAAACUGGCUUAAUUGAUUUUUAAUUUUUAUGAGAUAUUUUUCAGGUCAUCUAAGUCUCCAUUCUUUUAUUUGUAUAGAUCAUUUCUUUCACUAACUCUCAUGCAGGUUACACAUGUCCUACAUGUUUUGAUUUAUAACAAGAAAAAAAGAUAACCUAAAAUAAUCUCUUUUUUAUUGAAGUAAUUGCACUAUAAUGGUCAAAAUUCAACUUUAACCCCUGACUGCUCUGUUUUUGUUGUGUUUUAUGACAUUGAACUUGCACAUUUGCUUGUCAUUUAUGGCUUUUAACUUUUGAAUUACUGUGAAAGAUUGUAUUGUGUCGCAUUGAAAAUAUUAAAACCUUGCAAAAUAACCAAAGACAGCUGUUAAACGGUUUCGAUAUGUGUUCAUGAUGAUGUGUGUUUAACUCUGGCCUCGCGUCACUGAAAUACGGGUAUAGGCCUAUAAAACAUUUAUGAGACUGUAUUAGAAACAUGAAAUAUAAUUGACUGGGCAUUGAUAACUAUUGUUUGAUGUUGUCCAAUGUUUCAAAAAGGAAAAUAAAACGCUGUGACGCUC